GCUGUUAGCAAAACCGCCACGGACCCGAACCCUCCCCAAGGACAUUAGAUCGGCGGGUUUAUAUUGGUUCAUCUUGCCAAUGUGACACAGCGUCAGCAAGUGCUGAUUACUCAUAGCCAAGAAAUGUAACCCCGCCCUCCUCGGAGGCAGUUGCGUCAGUCUGUCGUCCGGUUGAAUAUAAAUUCACACAUCGACUCGCCAACUGAGAGAAACUUCGGCCUCAGUUUCUUCCAGCCUGCCAACCGUAUCGUAACCCAGCUCAGUCUUGGGCUCAGAAGUAGACUCCACUCUCUACGAUGGCUCCGCCGAUCCUCAACGAGAACCAAUUCGCCCACAGCGGCGACAAGACCACCUUCUACUGGUCCGCCGGUCCUUCCCAGGGACCACUUGUGAUCUUUGUUCACGGCUGGCCUGCAAACGGCGAGACAUGGAAACCUCAACUCCUGGCCCUCGCAUCUCUGGGCUUCCGGGUCAUUGCGCCGGACACCCGCGGUUACGGACGAUCCAGCGUGCCGCAAGGGCCCGAGGCCUACGCCCUGGAGCACCAUGUGUCGGAUUUGCUAGCGCUCCUGGCCCACCUUGGCCGCGAUAAGGCCAUCUGGAUCGGUCAUGACUGGGGCGCUGGCCUUGUCUGGGGCUUCGCCUCUCACCACCCGGACAAGUGCAUCGCCGUGUGCUGCAUGGCCGUGCCGUACAACGUGCUCGACCCGGAGACUCUUGUCGGCCUCUCCGACCGCGAGCUGUAUCCCGAGGCCGAGUUCCCCUACGCGCAGUGGGACUACCAAAUCUUCCACAAUGAGCAGCCCGAAGCCAGCGCUGCGCAGCUGCAUUACAACGUGCCCAACACCAUCAAAUCGUUGUAUCGGCCCGGCGAUCCGGGGGAGUAUGGCAAGCUCGCCUUUACCAGCGCAAUUCGGAAAGACGGCGGGUGGUUUGGCAACGCCCCCGGUGCACCAGACGUGCCGUUCGAGAAGACCCUGCUCAAGGAUGACAAGCCUGCCUUUGACCGCAUGGUGGCCGAGUUCGAACGGAACGGCUUCGAGGGCCCCAACGAUUAUUACCGCAACUUCGAGGCUAAUAAGGCCUACGACGCGAAGGCACCCAACGGGCGUCGGCUCCGCUUCCCUGUCCUGUUCAUCGGGGCUCAGUGGGACACCGUCUGCGACACGAAGAAUUCCAGGCUGAAUGAACCCAUGCGGGAGCUGUGUGAGAAGCUCACCGAAGUGAGCAUCGAGGCAGGACACUGGGUUGCCCUGGAGAAGCCGGAGGAGACAAACGCGGCAAUUGUUAGGUGGAUCGCCACGAAGGUGCCCACUUACUUUCCCGGGUACUGGAAGACGCCUUUGGUGUCUCGUGUAUGAUAUGACGGUUUCAGGGGUAGAAUCUUUGAAUCCCGCAACUUACAUGAAGAAAUGUUCUUCUGAAAUGCCGCUGCAUGCUCAGUCA